AUGUCCAUGGACGAAAUCAUACCCGGCUUGUGGGUUGGGGACCUCCCCAGCGCCACCAACACGGCCAACUUGAAGGCCAACAAGAUAUUUAGCAUCUUAUCGGCAAUGCGGGGGAGGGUUACGAUAAACGAGACCUUCAUUCGGCACCAAAUCUCACUCGACGAUACUGAGGAGACUGAUGUCCUUGUGCACUUUAUACCGGCGAUUACGUUCAUCCAAGCCGAGCUGGACAAGGGGCGGGGAGUGUUGGUGCAUUGCCAGGCUGGAAUGAGCAGGAGUGUAACCAUCGUCGCCGCAUAUCUUAUGUAUACCCAGAAUAUCGACACAGAGGCGGCAUUAGAGCUCAUUCGCCAGUCCCGACCUAACAUCGACCCUAACCCCGGUUUCCUUCACCAGCUCGAAAUAUUCCACCAAGCGGCUUACAAGAUCUCACGUCGAGACAAGUCCACCAGGAUGUUCUAUAUGGAGAGAGCCGUCGAGGAAGUCAUGAACGGCGACGGAAGUUUGCCUGAAACCACCAUGUUCGCCAAAUACCCUCGCACACCUUCUGAUUCUGCCCCAGGCACUCCCGGUGGGCCGCGUCGCAAAAUUCGCUGCAAAAUGUGUCGACAAGAGCUAGCCACAAGAGAACACAUGCUUGACCAUGGCCAGUUGGGAGCACCAACACCGGCUGCUGUGACUCCCGUUGUCUCGCGCCAUCCAUCAAUGACCAUGGCUUCGCGACCACGGAUAGGUUCAUUUGGGACUGGGGCGCGUCCACGACGGCCGUCUGGCCUUGGCGAUACCAUGCUACAAAUGUCAGCGCUGGAGACCGAGGAUGAUUCCCCCAACGCGGAAACGGUCAAAGAAGAAGUACCAGUAGCGCCAGAGGCCCGAAGGACACUUUCUGACCCACUCCGUCGCCCACGAUUACGACCCUUGAUCAGCGGAGUCGCUGAUUUGACCAUGUCGCAAUUAUCAAUGUCGACAUCUUCUGCGUUGGACACAGAAGACGACAGUGGUCCUGAAGACAACAGCGAGGUUCAACCAAUACCUCGUACUCAUCCGUUUGCGCUUGCGACUCAAUUGGGCCGUCGCCUUUCGGAUGCAGUGAUUGCCUCGCCUGGAGAGCCGUCUCAGGCGUCAGAAAAUGUGCCAGAGCACGCCCCAACGCGGUUCUCUAGCGCGGAUGACAUUGCUGAGCAACUACUUUCGAAUCCAAAGCUUGCUGCUUUGCGCGGGUCACCCGUCAUGUCUCCUCUAACACCUAUGCUCGGCUCCUCUUCAAAGGCAUUCCCUGUGUCUCAGCCUAUCAUCGUCAAUCCCAAAUGCUCUGGGUACUUCGUUGAACCUAUGAAAUGGAUGGAGCCCUUCUUAGAAGAAGGGCAGAUUGCGGGCAAAAUAACGUGCCCCAACCCGAAAUGUGGUGCUAAAUUGGGCAAUUACGACUGGGCAGGGAUGUGUUGUGGCUGCAAGGAAUGGGUUACUCCGAUUUGGAGGCCGCCUCGUUGCGCAGCCGACGUUGGAAGCACAGGCAAACCGCUCAAAUUUGGCUGUUUGGGGGCUGCAAAAAUCACUCCUGGAGCGUUGGUCAAGCCAGCCCGAACUCACCCCGAGGUUGUGUUGUUCGCUGUGGCCGCCCGCGACCCAAAACGCGCUGCAGAAUUCGCCACUGAGCAUGGUUUCCAGAAAAGCUACGGGGGUCCAAAUUGCUAUCAGGACAUGCUCGAUGAUCCUGAUGUUGAUGUUGUGUACAACGCGCUCCCGAAUCGGAAUGAGUUGCACUUUGAGUGGACAAUGAAGGCAGGCAAGCACGUGCUGCUCGAGAAGCCAGCCACAAACACUGCGUCUGAGGCCACGGCCAUUUUCGCUCUUGCGGCUCAGAAGAACCUUGUUGUCCUCGAAGCCUUUCACUAUCGUUUUCAUCCUGCGGUUCAACGCGUCAAGUCUAUAAUCGAUUCCGGGGAACUUGGGGUGAUAGAGACAAUUACAGCAACGCUUACUGCCCCACACGGCACUGCACCGGAUGGCGAUAUUCGCUGGAAUUACGAACUGGGUGGCGGCGCAACAAUGGAUCCCGGUUGCUAUACGGUCAACGUGUUACGCUAUCUCGCAGGAGCUAAUCCUACCGCUGUUUUGACGGCAAGAGCCGUCCGCUAUUCCACACUGCCUGAACAUGAGAAAGUCGACAAGAUGGUCUGGGCCACACUUGCGAUGGAGACACAGGUCGUAGGAGAGGUACACGCGAAUCUGGACGAAGCAAAGAUUUUGGGCAUCAUUCCUCGUAUGCCGAAGCUCUCGGCCACCGUUGAAUGCUCUGCAGGCAAGAUCGAGAUUUUUAAUUUCUUGGUUCCACACUUCUACCAUCGUAUUACUGUCUCUCCUAAAGGACAAAGGCAACGCAUCGAGAAGGCAUAUUCUUUCAACGGUAAUUUCAAAGGGGAGGAUUGGUGGACAACAUAUAGAUACCAGUUAGAGGCCUUUGUAGACAAGGUUCAGGGACGCAGUCCCCAAACAUGGAUUGCGGGGCAAGACACCGUCGCAAACGUUGAAUGGAUUGAGGAGAUAUAUGCGAAGGACGGAUUCGGGAGUCGUCCUGCUUCCAGCUAUCUGGCCAAGAAUCGCGUCGAGUAG